UCGGCCAGUGAGUGCUGUGGUGACCCUGGACUUUGUAUUUAAUGCAAGUCCUGUAGUUAAUUAGAUGGAAAAUGGCUGAAUACAGCCAGACAGGUAUAUUAACAGCACUGCUGCUGUUCACAGCGGUCACGGUGAAGGAUCUGUACCUGGGCAGGUCUGGCAGUGAGCAGCUACAGCAGCAGCAGCAGCAGCAGCAGGCCGCUCAGAGCAGCAUGGAGGAUCCAGACCUGUAUCCGCAGAAACACAGCAAAUCUAAACUUUACACUGGACCGGUACUCAAGUUCCAGUUCUGUAUCUCCUGAGGGUACAGUAAGGUGUUCCAGGAGUACUCUCGGUCUAUCGGCCAGCUGUACCCGGACAUCCGAAUCGAGGGAGAAAACUACCCCCCCAAACUCCUCAACAAAUACAUCGCAAAUUUCAUUUCCUACUUCAAACUGCUCACGAUCGCCCUGAUCGUCACCGGACAGAAUCCAUUUCAGAUGCUCGGGAUGAACACGCCACGAGUUUGGUCCUGGGGUCAAGAAAAUAAGAUUUUCUCAUGUCUCAUGGCGUUCUUUCUUAGUAACAUGUUGGAGACUCAGUUGCUGUCUACAGGAGCGUUUGAGAUAACGUUAAAUGACGUUCCCAUUUGGUCAAAGCUGCAGUCAGGGUACGUACCGAACAUCCAGGAGCUCUUCCAUAUUCUGGAUAACCACCUCAAGAUGAAUCAGGUCGACAACCUCAGAUUCUCCUCGGCUUAGUGCUGCUGUUCAGCCCGAGAAGGAAGUCUCUGGAGCUGCUUCUAGGGUGAGUGGGACUGUGGACCGUGGCUUCAUGAAGGUCUGCACUGCAAACAGCUCGCUGUGGGUGCAGACUGGAUCUCCCCGCCACUACACACACUUCCUCUGACCAGCGACGCAUCUCUUCAGCCGGGCUUUCGUUUCUACUGAGCAGUGUGCAAUAUUCAUCCAGAGCCGAGCUGUUUUCAGAUGGUGACGCCAUGAGAUAUGGUGGACGUAGGGUAGUCGGAAAAGUGUCAUAAAUGUUCCCUUAUAGGUGCGAUUGACCGCAGGCGUGGUGGUCGGUUGGCACAGGUGUAGAAGUGUACUGUAUUUGAUCAGGGUGAGACGUUUUUGCUAUAAUUUGCAGAUCACACUCCGUUUUCGUUCCUGCAAAUCGUCAACGUGUUCAUCCUCUCUCGUAACGGUUUGCAUAUUUAGAAUAAUGCCAACCUAAAGUCUUAAUGAGUGAAAAAUCAGCAUGUCAGGUCAGAUAUGGUGUGAAUGGUACUGUUUUUUCUCUAACUGUCUUUAUCUGUGUACUGAUGAGAAAUCCGUCUCUUUCAUUUUAAUCUUCACCGUGAAUUUAUGCUGGGAUGCAGCAUACGAGGGCAGAGUGAAACGUUUCAGCCCUGUUUCAAAGUCAUGUAAAAAUAAAAAUAGACAACAA